CAUCCACACCGGCGGCCGGUGGCUUUCACCGAGUGCCCCGAUACAGUAUUGUCACAACGGGACAGAUGCAUUAAACAAAGACCAAUUAACUUUCCCUUUUUAUUUAAUUUUCUUUCUUUUUUCAUUUUUUGAGGAGGGGGGGUGCUAAUUUAAUCUGCUCUCCUGUUCUCUGACUGACAGCUGCACUGCGGAUUCAAGCCAUUCCGUGAUGAGCCGUGGAGAUCACAUAGCGCUGCAGCAGCUGUACAGUGGAGAGCAACUGCAAAGUCUAAAAUAGGAAGGGUCUCUAUGGCGUAGCUGACUUGGCGGUUUCUGGAGAAGUCGGAGCCAUCGCAGUCCUAUUUAGGGAUCCUGCUUCGGCCCUGCUGCCUACCUGCUGCUAAUACUUCAUAAUGGGGGUGAAGUCCGCUCUCCCUAGGUUUGAGCUGCACCUGUACACUGCUGUGCUGUUUGGGGCCAUUCUUUGGGCUGCCAGUUGGAUCCUUGAGGUGUCCAGUGAACAGGUAAACAGAAAAGCCUUCAAGGAAAGCGUGAAGCCAGGAUGGCACUACUUUGGACGGAAAAUGGAUGCGGCGGAUUUCGAGUGGGUGAUGUGGUUCACAACAUUCCGGAACCACAUUCUCUUCGCCUUGGCCGGUCACGUGAUCUUUGCCAAGAUAUGCUCCAUGCUGUCCCCUAAGCGCAGGUCCUUUAUCUACAUGGUGUAUGGGCUCGCUGCGGUCUUCGUUAGCAUGGGCUGGACGUACAUCGCCCUGGUGAUCUCGCACUGCAUCAUCCUCUACAGCGUGGCACUCGCCAAGCGCAAGUGGCUCUGCUUUGUAGCAGGUCUGACCAGUCUGGCCACCUUCAAGAUGGAGCCCAUGGUCUCUUGGCAGACAGGCUUCAUGACCGGAAGCUUCGACCUCCAGGACAUUCUGUUCUACGGAGGCUGCGGGUUCUCCAUCAUGCGCUGCAUGAGCUUUGCUCUGGAGAACUGCGAGAGGAAGGACGGGAACUACUCCUUCAUGGAUCUGCUCAAAUACAACUUCUACCUCCCGUUCUUCUACUUUGGACCUAUUAUGACUUUUGAUAGAUUCCAUGCUCAGGCUAACAACGCUGACUUGACCCGUAAGCAAUGGGAGAUGUGGAACAUCAGAACCCAGGCCUUGUGGCACCUGGGCGCCAUUGUGGUGGUGGAUGUCCUGUUCCACUACCUGUACAUUCUCACCAUACCCACUGACAUGAAGCUGGUGAAGCAGCUGUCAGACUGGUCACUAGCUGGCUUGGCCUACUCUAACUUGGUGUAUGACUGGGUGAAAGCUGCUGUAAUGUUUGGGGUCAUAAACACAGUGUCCAGGCUCGACCACCUUGAUCCUCCUCAGCCCCCAAAAUGUAUCACAAUGCUCUAUGUUUUUGCAGAAACGCACUUUGACAGGGGGAUAAAUGACUGGCUGUGCAAAUAUGUCUAUGACUACCUGGGAGGGAACCACGACCAGAUCUUCAAGGAGCUCCUGGCCACCGUCUCCACCUUCGCUGUCACCACCCUGUGGCUGGGGCCGUGCGAGAUCGUCUACAUCUGGUCUUUCUUCAACUGCUUCGGUCUCAACUUCGAGCUGUGGGUCGCCAAGUUUUUCUCCAUCAGGCCCUUCUCUUCCAUCGAGGGUGCCAUCUCUGAGGCCAUGUCCCGACGGAUCAGAGGAUUAUUCAAUGCGGCCAACUUCUGGUGUAUCAUUCUCUACAAUGUCCUAGCCCUCAACAGUCUGGAGUUUGCCAAGUUGGUUACUAAGAGACUGCUCGUCAAAGGAUUCCCCAUGUCCACCCUGUCUGUGCUGUUUGUCACCUACUCCGGGGUGCAGCUGGUGAAGGAGAGGGAGAGGAGGCUGGCUCUGGAGGAAGAGGCAGCCCAGCAGAAGGAGAAAGCGGAGUGAAAACGUCCCAACUGUGGAAAACCGGCACAAAUCGAUCUCAGUCCCCGUCCUGUCACACAGUCUGUAGCCCGUUGCUGGACUGUAGCAGCUCCAUCGCUAUGGCGAGCAGACCCAUUUGUGGUUUUUAACACGAGGCACAUUUUUAGCUGUGAAUCGUCCCAAAGUGCAAUUGCUGUAAAAUAUCACAGCAGGCCACUCAGAAACAUACCACUGGUGCAUUUGUUUAUUUACCUUUUUAAAUGUGAACAGAUAUCAGGAGGAAAGGUUGUAGCUGACUGAUACACCUACCUACCAAAUAAAUAUGUACAUGAAAUAUAAUAUAAUAAUUCCUAAAUUAAAAACUACAAACCGUC